AAUUCUGAUUGCCGUAAAACCAUGAAACUAUACCUGAGACUAUACUUUUCCAAUUAAGUUGUUAAAACCAGUAAAGAGCCUCUGUGGUGGUUUAUUAGCAACACCACACUACCAGCUGUAUCCAGGCACUGCAUGGUUUUGAGCAUAAGGACAUUCUUUAGCCAUUGUACAUUACCACACCCCCUUGUCUUUUUGCCUAAGUAGUCCUAAGCCUGUGUCUGGGCUUAUACUAUCAUUCCUAUUCCCACCUGUUGCCUACCUUUCCAUGUAUAGUUUGGUCAACAUUUAAGCAGGUAUACUAGCUUAAAUCAAAAGGAAUGAGUUGUCAUCCAAGAAUAAAAGUGUCUAGCUCUUCUAUAUGAAACCGGGUCUAAAUUCAUUUCAAUUCAGGUUCGAUGUGCAAACCAGGGGACAGCUUUAUGCGGGGUGUCGCAUUUCUGUGACCAGGUGGCUGGAAUUUGAGAUCUCUGUUGUGUCCAUGUGUCGAACCGAUCCGGUUCACAUGUGAAUGAGUGAUAAGGUCAUUGUCGAUGACACGGGGACAGACAUCUAACAAAAGAUAGAGACCUAACGACAUAAUAUCUUUCAGUUGUGGAUUUCUGAACGAGAACGAGCCCGGGCGCCUAGUGUGCUGUGUCACUUAUCCCGUGCAUCGUAGCGCGUCGUUUGAGAGAUCCCACUCCCACCAAGCGCUGCAAAGUGGUUGUAAUUGAUACGUGAAGAAUUUUAGAUCAGUGGUUAAGGUGGCAUAUCCGCUGACAGCUGCGUUAUUACUCAUCUGCCACUGUUCCGCGGGUCUGAUUUCAAGCAUUUGGGAUCCCCCAAGUCAGCCUUGGAUCGUUUCUGUCUGGAAGUUGGUUUGGCCGAACUGUCUACUGCCAGAACGGUGUCAGCUGAGCAGCAACAGAAGGAUUACACGGAGAGGCUGAAGCUAGAAGACUACUUUUGAUGAGAGGAUUUUGAAACACCAAACGGGAGCACUAAACGAUGUCGCACCAGACUGGAAUCCAUGCAUCCCAUGAGCUGAAGGACUUCCUGGCCAGGGCAAGGGGAGGGACUAUCAGAAUAGCAAAAAUUGUCAUCAGAGAUGAGGAGCUAGUGCUAGACUCAUUCAGAGAACCGGCACAGAGCUGGGACAAGGAUUAUGACCACUUCCUUCUUCCUCUGCUGGUGGCCCAGAAGCCCUGCUACAUCCUUUAUCGUCUUGACACCCAGAAUGCACAAGGUUAUGAAUGGAUCUUCAUUGCCUGGUCGCCUGAUCAAUCACCAGUAAGGGAGAAGAUGGUGUAUGCUGCCACCCGUGCCACACUGAAAAAAGAGUUUGGUGGAGGCCACAUCAAGGAUGAGAUGUUUGGCACGGUUGAGGAAGACUUGUGCUUCCAGGGGUACCUGCGUCACAUGUCCUCGUACUGUACCCCUGCUCCUCUAACUGCAGCUGAACAGGAGCUGCAGCGGAUCAAAAUCACAGAGGACAAAGUUGUUUGGGAUGAACGUAGAAGGUUAAGCAACACUCCUAGAGGACGAGCAAAGGUGACAAUGGAGUUUGGUUUGGACAAAAGGCACCAAACUCUUACGGGCCUGGCAUUUCCCCUACAGGAAGAGACCAAACAUGCUCUACAACAACUCAAGCAGAAACGUAUCAAUUACAUACAGCUGAGGUUGGACAUUGAGAAAGAGACGAUCGAGCUGGUCCACACCAACCCCACGGAGACACGUGAGCUACCCUACAGGAUUCCUACAGACACGCCAAGAUACCACUUCUUCAUCUUCAAACACUCCCAUCAGGGACUGCAACAGGAGGCACUGGUGUUCAUCUACUCCAUGCCCGGAUACAGCUGUAGCAUUAAGGAGCGGAUGCUGUACUCAAGCUGUAAGAACCGGCUUCUGGAGGAGGUGGAGAGGGACUACCAUCUAGAGAUCGCCAAAAAGAUAGAGAUUGACGGCGGGGAUGGGCUGACGGAGGAGUUUCUGUACGAGGAGGUUCACCCUAUCGAGCACACUCUGAAGCAGGCGUUCGCCAAGCCACGUGGGCCGGGCGGGAAGAGGGGAAACAAGCGAAUCAUCAAGGGGGCUGGAGAGAACCGAGAGGAAAGCUAGAGAGUGACAGGGACAGGCUCGGAUAUGAACACACACGCCUCCAUGUUUGCAAGCCUCUAUUCCCCCCUUGUUAUUUCUUCCCUGGUAGGCCUGUUUAUGCUCAUUUUAAAAGGAAAAGCUCAAUCUAAAGGCCAGUUUAUUUAUUUUUUUGUUAAACAGCAUCACUUUUAUGGUUCCCCAUUUUCCGCUCUCUCUGUUGUUACACCGCUGGUGCCUCGUCCCCAAACAUUCAAAGACGCUUUUUGUCUUUCCCCAAAAGGCCUGAGACGUUGAGAUGAAGGUUCAAUAAAAUACAUUAUUUUACAUUAUCUUCCAAUAAAAACAUGUUUUCUGUGUA